AUGUCACCCAUUUUAAGUCCACAAAUAAAAUCGCCGCAAGAAAUUAUCAAUGGCAAUUUCGAUCUAGUGGGCGAUCAAUUUACUUUCGAGAAAUUGUCGCAAUGGAAUGAGUUGCUCAAAGGUCUCGAUAUCGAUAUGAUCGAACAUUUUGCGAAAAAAUUCCAUCGAAAUAUCGAGUAUAUUGUCAAGAAUGACACAUUAAAUACGGCAGAAGACGGUAAAAGAUCAGCGAAUAACCCUAAAAUCGACAUUUUCAUCGGACCCAUGGAAGAAAAAUUGAUAAACUGUAGUCGUUUAACUGCAUCUCGACAAUAUUAUCACGAAAGUUUGACGUGGUGCGUGCGAAAGAGUCAAUUAAUUCCAGUAUGGACGACAAUAUUUUAUAUUUGUCGUGACAUACGUGUUUACGCUAUAGCCGGAAUCACAAUACCGACACUAUUAUGCGUGUUGUAUUAUUUUCAAAAACUUGAACGAUACUCGAAAUGGGAUUGGUAUCGAUUGGUGUUUGAUGGUCUUUAUGGUGCUCUUGGUUUCCCCUAUACUUUCACCUCGGAAAGUCUUACCGUUCGGGUGAUUAUAGUUUUAUUGUCAUUUGCUGCAUUGGUUUUUUCCACCGUAACCAGUACGGCAAUCUUACUGUUGAUAAUGAUACCAACUUUAAAUCCGCAAAUAAAAACCGUUCAGGAAAUUAUCAAUGGACAUUUUGAGCUGGUGGGUGAUCGAUUUGCUUUUGAAAAAUUAUUGGAAUGGAAUGAGACCUAUCCAAGCAAUCUUCUCACACUGUUCAAAGUGGUGAAUCGUCCCGAUGAAUAUCUUCACCAGCUCAAAUGGAAUGAUAAACUAGCAGUCGCUGUUCCCUAUGAACUCUCACGUUCACGCACCCAAAUGGGAAACGAUCAAUUUAACGCUAGAAAAGAUGUCUACUGCUUCGAUCGUCGGAAUAAUAUCUAUGAAUAUCCACUGACAAUGUUGGUCCGAAGGGAUUUUACACUUAUCAAUGAAUUCGAUCGCUUUAUAAAACAUGCAAGUGAAUGUGGUUUGAUCGAAAAAUGGUUGAAUCAAUAUCGAUCGCAUGUCAAGGAGAAAUUUCGAAUAAGUUACAAUUCGGUUCAAACCAAUUAUUUUCCUAUAAUGUACUCUUUUUAUGGAUUAAUGUUACUCGCUGCGUUUUUAACAUUCAUUUUUGAACGAAUCGUUUAUGAAAAGGUGCACGCACCAAAUGCACCACCAUAUUGGCGAUUCAUUGAAAUGUCUAUUGAUCCAUAUCGAUAUUUUUUUCUCGACACUUUUGGAUGGAUUUCAGAUAAUUAG